GCUUGAUAUCCCAUCUCUCGACGUCCUUCCCAACAUCCCUCCAGUCGCUCAUCUUUGGUUGACAUAUCAUACCUCUUACACGUCGAGGUGAUAUAUUCGAUCCCAUGGAAGACACCUAGCUUUCCCCCUCCUGCCUUUGUUCCCCUCGUUAAUCCCCAGUCAUGACAUUGAUCACCGACAAUGUCCUCCCUUAGACUCGCCGCGGCCCAUGUCGCUCCCGUCUUUCUCGCCGCCCGUGAGACCACCCACAAGGCCGUUCAUUUGAUUGAACAGGCUUCCAGAAACCAGGCCAAUCUCGUCGUUUUCCCAGAGUCGUUCAUAUCCGCCUUCCCCGUGUGGAGUGCUUUACGCCCACCGACCGAGAACCAUGAUCUCUUCCGGCGGAUGGCCCACGAAUCCAUUGACGCCGACGGAGAGGAGAUGCAGGCGGUUCGUGCGACUGCAAAAAAGUGCAAUGUGGUGGUCAGCAUCGGCUUUUCCGAGAGGGUUCGACCGGGCCGGGCAACGUUAUUCAACUCGAAUAUGAUCAUUAGCAACCGUGGGGAUGUUCUUAUCCAUCACCGCAAGCUUGUGCCCACAUUUUUUGAGAAGCUGACCUGGUCUCCCGGAGACGGUCACGGAUUGCGGGUGGCGGAGACGGAGUGGGGGAAAAUCGGGGCCCUCAUCUGUGGCGAGAACACCAAUCCGCUGGCUAGAUACGCUCUCAUGGCUCAAGGCGAGCAGGUCCAUAUCUCCACUUGGCCCGCCAUUUGGCCCACGCGGGUGCCAUCCCCAUCCGCACUGGGAGAGUCCAAUCCACAGCCCGGUGCGACCGCCACAGCGAACUACGACAAUGUCGCCGCGAACCGCAUCCGUGCGGCUGCCCAUUGCUUCGAAGCGAAAUGUUUCGGGGUUCUCUCGGCGGGCGUCUUGGGAGGGGAUGCGAUCGAUAUCAUUGCGUCUGGCUCACCGUAUCUCCGGCAGGUCAUGGAGCAAUCACAACGGGCGGCGACCAUGUUUCUCGACCCGACGGGCGCGCCGAUUUCGGGAUUUACGAUGGCGGAAGAUGCCACCCGCCAACCGACCGAUUUCCUACAGGCGACGGAGGGAAUCCUGUACGCCGAUGUGAGUUUGGAGGACUGCAUCGAGGGCAAACAGUACCACGAUGUCGUUGGUGGCUACCAGCGCAUGGAUAUCUUCGACCUGAAUGUAAAUCGCACGCGUCAGCAGCCCGUACGAUUUACGCAAGUGGUUAAUGUAUAAACUGGUGGGAACUCACCCCCAAGGAACAACACGCGAUCAUCCUAAGAAAGUUCCUGUUUUAGAAUAAUCUGGACAAGAUCUGGUGGGUACUGACCGAUGGUACCCCUGAAGAACAUCGCGUAACCAUGUAGCUGUGUAGAUGAAAUGGAACGGGAAUCGAGAUGAAUCCGAGUUCCGCACAUAAUAUAAAUUCAGCUCAUUCCGAGCAUACCAUACAGUCCCAAGUUGCAUGAUCGGAGUUCUGCAUUGUUCAAUUAGCUCUGAUGUUGGC